CAGCUAUGUAACGUUUUUCGAUCCCAUGAAAUGGAAAUUGACCAGUGCCUGCUGGAGUCCCUCCCCCUGGGCCAACGGCAGCGUCUGGUGAAACGCAUGCGUGGGGAGCAGCUUAAAGCUUACUAUGAACGGGAGAAGGCUCUGCAGAAGCAGGAAGGAUUCCUGAAGAGGCUGAGGCAUGGCAAGAGCCAGAAGGUUCGUUUCAGCCUCUGUGACAUGGUGCGGGAUGCCAUCGUCCACCACAACGACAAAGAAGUACUUCGGCUCCUGAAAGAGGGGGCGGAUCCACACACUGUCCUGUCUUCCGGAGGGUCUCUACUCCACCUGUGUGCUCGGUACGACAACGCCUUCAUCGCAGAGGUCCUCAUUGACAGGGGUGUCAAUGUGAACCACCAGGAUGAAGACUUCUGGACGCCCAUGCAUGUCGCUUGUGCUUGUGACAGCCCUGAGGUCGUCCUGCUGCUCGUAUCAGCUGGAGCCAACGUCCUUCUCCAGGAUGUCAAUGGAAACAUCCCCUUAGAUUACGCCGUGGAAGGGACUGAGUCCAGCUCUAUCUUAUUGACCUAUCUGGACGAAAAUGGAGUGGACCUGACCUUGCUGUGUCAGUUGAAGCUGCAGAGACCGCUGAGCAUGUUAUCGGAUGUCAAACAGUUCCUGUCCUCUGGAGGCAACGUCAAUGAGAAGAGCGACGAGGGAGUGACACUGCUGCACAUGGCCUGUGCCAGUGGCUACAAGGAAGUGGCUUCGCUGAUCCUGGAACAUGGAGGUGACCCCCACGCAGUGGAUGACCAGCACUGCACACCCCUCCAUGUGGCUGCCAAGUAUGGUCAGGCCAACCUGGUAAAGCUGCUGCUGCUGCAUGAGGCAAACCCCAAGCUGGUGAACUGUAACCAGGAGAAGCCAUCAGAUGUUGCAGCGUCUGAGUUCAUUGAGGAGAUGCUGCUGAAAGCAGAGAGGGCCUGGGAAGAAAAACCCAGGCAGCCUUUGUCUGUGCCUCCCUCGGCCCAAGAGGAGCCCUACGGGGAGAUCCUGCACGAUGUUCCGGUGCUUUCCAGUAAGCUCGGACCCCUGGUGCUGCCAAUUGCCAAGCAAGACAGUCUGUUGGAGAAAGACACUAUGUUCAGAGAGGUGAGCACAGGUUCGUGUAUGCCGCAGUCUCAGGACAGCAGCCCUGAACACACGUCGCCGAGUGACUCCACCACGCCUGAGCAGGUCAAGCUCGUGCCUCCUGCGCCCAGCGACGACCUGGCAACGCUCAGUGAGCUCACGGAUGGCAGUCUGCUCUAUGAGAUGCAGAAGCGCUUUGGGAACAAUCAGAUUUAUACUUUCAUUGGGGACGUCCUGUUGUUUGUCAAUCCAUUCAAGGAGCUUCCUAUUUAUUCUACCCUGGUCUCGGAGCUCUACCUGAGCGACACAGGGAGGCCCAGCCCCUCGCUGCCACCACAUCUGUUCUCCUGUGCGGAGAGAGCCUUCCAUCAGCUGUUCCAGGAGCAGCGGUCCCAGUGCUUCAUCCUCAGUGGAGAAAGAGGAUCUGGGAAGUCCGAAGCCAGCAAACAGAUCGUGAGACACCUGACCUGUCGGUCCAGCUCCAGCCGGGCUCUGUUUGAUUCCAGGUUUAAGCACGUCAUGUGCAUCUUGGAAGCCUUCGGGCAUGCCAAGACGACGCUGAAUGACUCAUCCAGUUGCUUCAUCAAGUACCUGGAGCUGCAGUUCUGUGAGACGAGGAAACAUGUCACGGGAGCCAGAAUGUAUACGUAUAUGCUCGAGAAGUCCAGACUCAUCUCACAGCCCCUCGGCCACAGCAGCUUCCUCAUCUUCCACCUCCUGAUGGAUGGACUGUCUGCUGAAGAGAAGUACGGACUGCACCUGCACCGCCUGAGUCCAUGUGCUUUGUGUCCUAACAGGUACUUGAAGCAGACCACGCGAGAGGAGUUGUCAGCGGCCGAGCAAGCUCUGAACAGGGAAAAAUUGAUGAGUCUGAAACAAGCGCUAAAUGUAGUUGGCUUCAGCACCUUGGAGGUGGAGAACCUGUUUGCAAUUCUGGCAGCUGUCCUGCAGCUGGGCGACAUCCGGUUCACCACCCUCUCAGACGCCGACUCCGCCCUGGUCGCUGACCUCCAGCUGUUGGAGCAAGUGGCUGGAAUCUUACAAGUGUCUGCAGAUGAACUGGCGUCAGCCUUAACAACAGACGUUCAGUACUUUAAAGGCGAUCUGAUCCUGCGGAGACACACAGUGCGGGUGGCUGACUUCUACCGUGAUCUCUUGGCCAAGUCCCUGUACAGUCGUCUGUUCAGCUUUUUGGUGAAUACCAUGAACUGCUACCUCCAGAGCCCAGAAGAUUCCAGAAGUGCACAGAUCCUGAAUAUUGGAAUAUUGGACAUCUUCGGCUUUGAAGAAUUUCAGAAGAAUGAGUUUGAGCAACUUUGUGUCAACAUGACCAAUGAGAAGAUGCACCACUAUGUCAAUGAAGUGCUCUUUCUACACGAGCAAGCGGAAUGUGUACAAGAGGGAGUUGCCAUGGAAACAACAUAUUCUCCUGGGAACCAGACUGGAGUUUUGGAUUUUUUUUUCCAGAAGCCAUCUGGAUUUCUGUCUUUGUUGGAUGAAGAAAGUCAGGUGAUUGGGUCGACGGACUCCAGCCUCGCCAGGAAGCUGCGCAGCCUCCUGGAGUCCUCCAACACGAAUGCGGUUUACUCCCCCGUGAAGGACGGCAAUGGGAACGUUGCCCUCAAGGACCCAGGCUCAGCAUUCACUGUUAUGCACUACGCAGGAAGGGUAAUGUAUGAAAUUGAUGGAGCAAUUGAAAAAAAUAAAGACUCCCUUUCACAGAAUCUCCUUUUUUUAAUGAAAACUAGUGAAAAUGUCGUGAUCCAUCAUUUGUUCCAGUCGAAGCUAUCACAGACGGGGUCGCUCAUUCCCUCCUGUCCCUCUUUUAAAUUCCGAGGACAUAAAUCCACCCAGCUCAACAGGAAAAGCACGGCUUCUUCUAUUAUUGGAGAAAACAGGAAUUAUCUCGAACUCAGUAAGUCACUUAAAAGGAAAGGAACAUCUGCUCUUGUGCAGAGACUGGGAAGAGGAGGCCCCAGCACGUCAGCGUCACAGCUCAGGAAGUCGCUGGUGGAUAUUAUUGGAAAACUCCAGUCGUGCACGCCACACUUUAUCCAUUGCAUCAAGCCCAAUAGCUCCAAGCUGCCACAUACGUUUGAUAACGUCUACGUGUCUGCCCAGCUCCAGUACAUUGGGGUCCUGGAAGUGGUGAAGAUCUUCCGAUGCAGAUACCCUGCUCGCCUCUCCUUCUCGGAGUUCCUGUCAAGGUACAAGCCGUUGGCCGACGUGCUCCUGGGUGAGGAGGAAGAGCUGUCAGCAGAGGACAGGUGCCGGUGCAUUCUCCAACAAUGUCAGUUACAAGGUUGGCAGAUGGGGAUCCACAAAGUGUUUCUAAAGCACUGGCAUACAGACCAGCUCAGCGACCUGUGCCUACAGCUGCAGAGAAAGAUCAUCACCUGUCAAAAAGUUAUAAGGGGCUUUCUAGCACGCCAGCACUUGCUUCAAAAAAUGUGCAUCCAACAGCAAGAGGCCACAUCUGUCAGCAGCUUUCUACAGAACACAGAAGACAUGGCACUGAAGACGUACGACGCCCUGCUCAUUCAGAAUGCCUCGGACAUUGCCCGGGAGAAUGACCGGCUUCGGAAGAAAAUGAAUGCUGCUCACCACAGAGAGAAGGUGGAGGCCAGAAGCAAGCCAGAGGAAGGAAACAGAAGACCUGAAGACAAGGCCGGAGCCCGGCGCGCGCAGGCCGCGGCGUCCGUGCGGUCCCUUUCACUGCACGCGGUGUCCAGUGUGGACGACAGCAGCGGCCUCCCGUCGCCCCGGAAGCAGCCUCCUCCCAAGCCCAAGCGGGACCCGAACACGCGGCUGAGCGCCUCCUACGAGGCGGUGAGCGCCUGCCUGGCUGCGGCGCGGGACGCGGCCCACGCCCUGUCCCGGCCACGGCCACACAGCGAUGACUACAGCACCAUGAAGAAGAUUCCUCCGCGGAAGCCCAAAAGGAGCCCGCACACCAAGCUCAGCGGCUCCUAUGAGGAGAUCUGGGGUCCCCGGCCCACGAACGGGCCGCCUCCAGGCCCGGCAGGUGCUCCCCCGGCCGUGAUGGCGACAGAAGCUGAGGACGCGGACGCAGAGCCCGUGUACAUCGAGAUGGUGGGAGGCGCGGCAGCGCGGGCCGGCCCAGGGCCUGGCAGCCCAGAGCAGGUGGAGGCCGUGUACGAGGAGAUGACCUUCGGGCUGGCGCCCGCGGGGCCCAGCCACAACACCAGUGACAUCCCGCCGCCCUUCCCCAACCUGCUCCCGCACCGGCCACCACUGCUGGUCUUCCCACCGGCGCCGGCCACCUGCUCUCCCGCCUCGGAUGAGUCGCCCCUGACGCCCCUCGAGGUGAAGAAACUGCCGGUCCUGGAGACCAACCUCAAGUACCCCGUCCAGUCCGAGGGCUCCAGCCCUCUAUCCCCGCAGAAUUCCCGAAACCCCAAGGCAGAAGGCGACAGGCCCACGUCUCCAGGUUUGGCUGCGCUUGACGGGGCCGGCCAAGGCUCCCUGCCGCCGCCAUCCACACCACCACCCCUGCCACCACUGCCCGCUGCUCCCCGGCCGGCCGCGUCCUUCGUGUUCCCGCCCGACACCGUCGCCGUCCACACUGGGAGGGCGAUGGCCACUGCGGAUUUGUGCAAAGGGCCUCCGAAGCCUAACUCUGCCCCAGCUGGAGGCCCGUGCAGCUCUUUCGCCAAGGUACCCUGCUCGCCGGCCCGGGCAGCUCGAGGCAACCUCAGGAAGGGCAGCUGCGAUUCCUCCUCGUCCCCGGGCCCUUACAGCCCCCCCGGCUGCAGACCCGUCUCCAGCCCCCUGGACGAGCUGACCAGCCUCUUCAGUUCCGGCCGCUGCGUGCUGCGCAAGUCUGCCGCGGGAAGGAGAAUCAGGGAGGCGGAAGGUAUUGAAACUAACAUGAACCUGACUGUCCGGGAUGGUCUCCCUCCAUCAGAACUUGCUUCAGAGACUCGAGAUAAAAAUGCAAAUAGCCAUGGAAUCCAGUUAUCUAAUUCCAUAUCCAGUGCAAUAACUGCUGAAAAUGGAAAUUCAGUCUCAAAUGGUGUGUCUGAAGACGGUAGGUACUCCGGGGUGUCUGUGAGCAGCACAGCGAUGUCCUCAUUUCAGAGACACAGGGAGAGCCACACCACGCAGGUCAUCCACCAGCUGCGGCUCUCAGAGAAUGAGAGUGUGGCCCUGCGGGAGCUGCUGGACUGGAGACGAAAGCUGUGUGAGGAGCAAGAGGACUGGCAGCAGAUCCUGCACCCUGCGGAGCCUAGAGCGCCCCCCCCACCACCCUGCAAGAAGCCCAGUCUCCUGAAGAAACCGGAAGGAGCCGCCUGCAACCGGCUGCCCUCGGAGCUCUGGGACAGCACCACCUGACACAGCCCGACUGCCCAGCUUGCUGCACGGCUGCCUCUGACCCACACGGGGGCUGCCCUGCAUGCAUUUACACAGAAAAGCACAGGACCCUGGUGCUGAGCAGAUGAGACGUGUGUGUGUGUGUGUGUGUGUGCGUGCGCGCGCGCUGUUUCUUAUCUGUUUUGUGAUGGCAGGCUCCAUGUCUGCAGGCGUGCUACCCCUCGUGGCAGCAGAAGGCUGGAGAAAGUGCUGAUGAGGCACAGGAGGGGACGAUGGGUCGGAGCAGGCAGUGACCCAUGCACGCCCUGUGUUCUUAUAGCAGCCAGCAACGUCUGCGUGUGUCCUCUGGUUUCAUGACAACACUGAACACGGGACACUGUAUCUUAUUUCUUGGAAGACAUUUGUGUCUUAUGGGGAUGACAAACCUGAUCGUUAUUUACAUGUUUCUGACUGCAUUUUACAACCUGAUGCAAUCAGUGGUGCUCCAGUUCAUCAAAAUAUAGACAUUAAAACCUCCUUGCUAUAUUUCUUUUUCUCUCCAUACACCCCUUUCUGUAUGUGUACAACCCAUUGUACCCAAGACCCUCAAGGUCAUCCUGUCGUGGUCCCAGCUUCGCCACUGCCCACCCUGGCUGGGAGCAUGGACAGAGACCCUUGCUGUAGUCAGUCAUGGGUCAGGGGCGGUGGUCUCUGCCCACACCACACUCUGCACUCCUGGCCUCGGGAACUGCCCAUACACCCGCCACACAAUGUCAGCUCCCCGCUUCCAUGUGUGCCCCAGGAGACCUCGCUGCACAUGCUUCAGACUCGCGGCUGCUGCCAUCUGAAGCACAUUUGCACUUAGAGGUGACCCAGGACCAGUCCCCUGGGACUUCCUGGCCACCGUCCUGUCAGCGUCCACUGCAUGACCCACCUGCUGUAUGAGCUGCACCCUCCCGCAAUGCAGUGGCCCUGUGUGUAAAUGUGCUCCCGUCAGCUGUCGGUGACAGUGACCCCAGACCACUGUGUCCCUUGACUUAGAGCCUUUCUCUUUGUACCAGCCUUUGUAAGGCGACUGUGCCAAUAAAAGGAUGCA